AUGGCAAAAGUUUCAAGUAUAGAAAGAUUUUAUACCACAAUUGGCAUGUUACUUCAUUUACUUUUUGUUGCUGGACCACUGGACAUUUGGUACUGGAUUUCAUGCAAAACAAAAUCGGUUAAAGGUCAAACAGUUGUGAUUACAGGUGGUGCAUCAGGAAUUGGAAAAAGAUUAUCAGAGUUAUUUGCCAUUGAAUUAGAAGCUAAAGUUGCCAUUUUAGAUAUUGAUAAAGAAAAUGCUCAAACAACAGUAGAUAAAAUUGUUGAAUGUGGUGGUACUGCGCAGUCUUGGAAGUGUGAUAUUAGCCAACCGGAAGAAAUUGAAAAAUGUGCCAAAGAAAUUGAUAAUAAAUUUGGUAAUGUUGAUAUUGUAAUUUGUAAUGCAGCUGUUUUGUAUAUUGGACGAAUGUUAGAUUUCAAAACGUCAGAUUUACAGAGAUCCGUUAAUGUCAACAUAAUGGGAACUUUAAAUACAAUUCGUGCAUUUUUAAAAUCCAUGGAACAACGAAAUGAGGGCCAAAUUGUUGCAAUCUCAUCAAUUGCUGGUUUUUGCGGUGAAACUUACGGUACCGCAUAUUGCACGACAAAAUUCGCAAUUCGUGGUGUAAUGCAAUGUUUAGAAAUGGAAAUGAAAGAUAGGGGUUUGAAUGGUAUACGAUGUACGACCGUAUGUCCAUACUUCACACGAACACCAAUGAUCCAAAAAAUGAAAAUGAGGCCUACUUCUACUUGGCUACCAUACAUGUCAAUUGAGCGUUGUGCAAGGGAGAUUAUUGAUGCUAUUUUGAAAGAAAAAAUUCUUGCUUUCAUACCGCAUUAUAUUAGCAUUAUUGCACAAUUAAGAGGAUUAUUAUCGGAACGAAUAAGCAAUGCUGGCCGAGAGUACUUGAAUUGUCGUUAUGAACCAUUGAAUGAUGAAGAACUGAAAAUAGAUCAGAUAAGUAUCACGAAAAAAAAUGAUUAUUUUGAGCAGUUGGACGAUAAAGUGAAGUAUACAACGUUUGCCAUUUAUCUUUUACUAGUGACUGGACAUUUUUUGAUGGAAGGUGCGGUGCAACAUAUUAUUCACGCAGUAAUACUAUUUAUUAGCAUAUCAAAUAUACUAAUGGCUAUAUUUGCUUUACACAUUUGUGAUCAGUUGCAUUUUUCGUUCUUGUGUACAUUUCGAUGGUUUAUGCAAAUUAUUAGUUUUGGUUUUUUAUCUUUCAUUCGACUUUAUCUUUUCCAACACUUAUCUAUUAGUGGUUAGUA